AUGGCCGACAAUAGUCUUUUGGAAGAGCAAAGAGGAGGUGUUCUCGGUCCAGAGAAAUCGCAUAUGUCGAUUGUUCCGGUGGGCAGAGAAACCCUUUCAAACGCUCUUCCGCCUCACGAAUCCUACGAGGGUCGGCAUCGCUGGGAUCCAGAGGCCGUGUGGACGGAGAAGGAGGAGGCUCACCUUGUGUGGCAUACCGAUCUUCGUCUACUCAGCAUACUCUGCGUCAUGUUUUUUGGGUUACAGCUUGAUAGGGGCAACCUUCAAAAUUCGCUUACUGAUUUUUUCCUGAGGGACUUAAACUUAUCGACGAAUGAUUAUAAUAACGGGACGACCAUACAACUCGUUUGCUUUCUCCUUGCGGAGUUCCCAGUGCAGAUGCUCACAAAGAGAUUUGGAUUUCGACUUGUGCUUCCUACCAUGAUGAUGGCCUGGUCAACUGUCUCUUGGGCACAAGCCUGGAUCACAAACCGUGCCUCAUUUUACGUGACAAGAGCACUGAUUGGUGCAUGUGAGGGUGGUUUCAUCCCCGGAACUAUCCUCUUCGCAACAUACUUCUACAAAUCGAGGGAGCUUGCGACACGGCUGGCUAUAUUCUGGUCCACACUCAACGUAGCUCGCGUCAUAUCAGCGCUUCUUGCGGCUGGUAUCCUGCAAAUGCGAGGCAUAGGUGGAAAACCGGGCUGGUUCUGGCUGUUUCUCUUGGAAGGACUCUUGACAUUUUUAAUUGGGCUGUUUAGCCUUCUAUAUCUCCCACAAUCUCCCGUUGCGACAAAGAGCUUCCUCUGCCGCCAUCAAUGGUACACUGAGCGCGAGGAAAUAAUCAUGAUAAAUCGCCUUCUGCGGGAUGAUGCUGCGAAAGGCCUAACUGCUAUCAAGGAACCCGCAAAGUGGAACGAUAUCAAGGGGGCUUGGAAAGAUCAAUCGAUGUGGGGCUUGUACCUACUGGGACUUAUCGCAUAUAUUCCCCAGACACCAGUCCAAUCCUACCUCACCCUGACGUUGCGAAACCUAGAUUUUUCUGUCUUCGAUUCCAACAUGCUUUCGAUUCCCUCCGCUGUGCUUCAAAUCAUCCUCAUGCUCGGCUUAGCCAAGAGUAGCGAAUACUUCAACGAGCGCACCUUCCACUGCUUUAUUGGCGAGUUCUGGUCUCUGCCACUCCUUGCAGCACUGCUGGCCCUACCCGCUCGAGGAUACGCUUGGGAUCCCUAUUUCCACCCUAUUCUCUCCGCCUGGAUCUCCGAAAACUCCUUCAACGUGAAGAAACGCGCACUCACCGCCGCAACCUAUAAUGUUAUCGUCCAGAUUGGCUCGCUGAUCGGGUCGCAGAUCUACCGUGCUGAUGAUGCACCAUACUAUUACCGUGGAAACAAGGUCUUGAUCUCUAUAUGUGCUUUGAGCUUGGUGGUUAUGCUGGGCCAGAGGUGGUGGUUGAUCCUGUUGAAUAAGCGGAAGGAGAAGGUUUGGGAGAGAAUGGAUGAGCGGGAGAGGGUGAGGUAUCAGGAGGAUAUUGCACAGAGGGAGAAGGAUGGGAAUAAAAGGUUGGAAUUCAGGUUUAGGUAUUGA